AGUAUAGAUGUUUUGACUGAUGAUAAACGAAUAUUGAAGCAUAUAAUGAUUGAUAUUCUCAACCUGAGGAAUGGAAUGGAAGAUAACCUACUCCUAAUCCAACAAAUCAACCUGAUGAUACAGAAGGAAGGAGAGGAGCAGAAGAGGUUCGAUGAUGUGAUCCAUGCUGCCCAGCAACAUAUUGACUCCAUUAACACAGUGUAUAUACUGGGAGUAUCCUGGCUUAAAGAUGAAACUGAAUUCGCUCUCGGAAUAAUCCAAGACGAUCCUUUGAUGUUGAGAAAAGAGGAGACUAUCAAUGAUGAUUCAGUUGAGAAGUAUAUAGCAGACAAUAUUGAAGAUACUGAGGAAAUAACUGUAGAUGUUGAUAUUCAAGAAGAUAUAAAGAUAGAUAUUAAUGAGCUGGAGAUUAGAUCAGUCAGCUCAGAAUAUAUCUCACCAAUGAAUAAAAUUACAAAAGAACCUGAGGUCUGGAUGGAUCAAGAUGAGUGUAAAACUACUCAAAAAUAUUUUUGUCCACAUUGUCACGAAGAAAUAUUAGACUUAGAAGAUUUUAAAACUCAUAGACGAACCGCUCAUUCUGAGAUUAUUUUUCCUUGUGACCAAUGUUCAUAUGUAGGCGGAAAAAGUAAACAGUUGAGGACACACAUGCAGCGCAACCAUUGGGGGUAUUUUUAUCCGUGUGAUAUGUGUGAAUACACCGGAAGCACAUCACAUGCAAUAAAAGAUCAUUUGACCAAAAACCAUGUAGCGAAAAAACCCGAGCAAUCAAAAUGUACAGAGUGUGAGUUUGUUGGUUCCAUAGAUGAAUUAAACACGCACAAGAUUAUUAAGCACGAAGGGGGCCGUUAUUCAUGUGAAGAAUGUGAAUAUAGAACAAACGAUUUAUCAUAUUUAAAACGACACGUUGACAGUAAGCACAAGCUUGUGCGAUAUUACUGUGAUCAAUGUGAAAAAUCAUUUUGUGUUGAGGGGAAUUUAAAGAGACACAAACUAAAUGUUCAUCAAGGAGUUAGAUUCUAUUGUGAUCAGUGUGCGUAUUCUGCAUCAACUAAAUCUCUUCUGAAACAACAUGUUGAAGGGGUUCAUGAGGGGAAACAGUUUCUUUGUACUAAGUGUGAUUAUGUGACCCCGAUGGCAGAUUAUCUGAGAUCGCACGAAUCUAUUAAGCACGGAACUAAAAGUGAAGACCAGUUUUUAUGUGAUCAAUGUGAGUAUGCCACACACUCAAAAGAAUAUUUAAAGCGUCACAUGGAACGUCACAACGGAAUUUCUAAAUCCUGCAACCAGUGCCCUUAUGAAGCAACAAGUAUGCUUUAUUUAAAGAAUCACAUUAAAAUUCAUCAUGAAGGCAAUCGGUAUCCCUGCGAUCAAUGUAAAUAUUCUGCUACAGGUUCGAAUAGUUUAAAAAGACAUGUUGAAAGUGUCCAUAUGGGAAUAAAAUAUCCCUGUGAUCAGUGUGAACACUUAGCAUCGACAAAGUGGAAACUGAUUGCGCAUAUGAAGGUUAAGCAUGGAGAUUCCAAAUAUCCCUGCUCUGAGUGUGAUCAUGUGGCCACUUCAACGUAUGGUUUGAAAAAACAUACCAAAGAGAAACACAAAUGAUAGAUUUUUUUGUAUUUGGAGUGUUGAUUUUAAAAGGUGGAAAAGUUAACAUUUAACACCUUAAUUGCUCCGUUUCAGACCAUCUUCCUGUAAAGCAAAGCUUAAUCCUCUGUAAAAGUGUUUAGUUUAAGAUGUGUAGUUAAAAUACCGAAUAUUUUGGUUAUGGUAACUUAGACGAAUUUUGUCAUUACAUAAGUUUUUUAAAACAAAAGUAAAUUGUAAACAGAUGAAUUGUAGAUUCUAAGACUUUUAGCUAUGUUUAAGUAGAUGUGUCGAUUCAUUGUUUAAAAUCCUGAGUUAUUUAAAAUAUUUAGCUUUUUUAACUGUUACAAGAAAAUAUGAUUAACAAAUAUGAUAAACCUUUCCGCUUCCUCCUCAUCUCCAACUUUUCUUGGGAUCUCAUGAAUACAAUUGAAAAGAACUCAUUUUAUAUGAUUGAACAUUUUUUACAUGAUAAAAUAUUACUAUUGUCGCUUUUCUUCUGAUGAUAUAUUUUAAACAUUUCAGCAAAAAAUGGAAUUGAAGUUUGAAAAAACCCCGAUCUCAAAACACAGAAUCAAUCUUUUGCAUGAUAUUUAGAGUAUAGAAGUUAUGACUGAUGAGAAAAAACUGUUGAAGUUUAUAAUGAUUGAUAUUCUCAACCUAAGGAAUGGAAUGGAAGAUAACCUACUCCUAAUCCAACAAAUCAACCUGAUGAUACAGAAGGAAGGAGAGGAGCAGAAGGGGUUUGGUGAUGUAAUCCAUGCUGCCCAGCAACAUAUUGACUCCAUUAACACCGUGUAUACUCUGGGAGUAUCCUGGCUCAAGGAUGAUACUGAUUUUGCUCUUAGUUUUAUACAAGAUACGUCAGCUGUCAGUGUAUCUACCGACGAUGAUAAAGAUGAUGAUGAAAAUAUUGACGAGUUGGAUAAUGAUCUGAUCAAAAUAGAACUUGAGGAGCUUGAGACUACUGAACCUAAGAUUGGUGAGGAAACUGUUGUAAAGGAAGAAUCCAUGGAUAUAAAUAAUUUAAAAGACAAAGAGCUCGAAAUACGGGAAGCCAGCUCAGUUGAGAAUACAGACUCCUCAGAAGCUUCUCAAGCUGAGACCAGCAUAUCAUUACCCAGCUUUCUAUCUUGUGAUUUAUGCAAGUUAGUUGUAAAGACAAAAAAGAGUUUAAAGCUGCACAAAAUCAAGGUGCACAAGGUUAAAACUUUUGCAUGCAAUCAAUGCAGCUAUUCAACACAUUUAUUAAAACUUCUGAAAGCACAUAAAACAACGCAUAACGAAUCUGAGCCCUAUUCGAAGUUAAACUUCGAUGGGGGAGAUCAACCUGAAAGAUUUAAAUAUUCAUGUUCAACUUGUGAUUAUAAAUCUCUGCACAAACGACACAUAAACGAGCAUUAUAUGAACAUACAUAUGGGUGUUAAAUACCCCUGUGAUAAGUGUGAAAAGAGCUUUAGCAUUAAAGCUAACUUAAAACGUCACAUAAAGAGUGUACAUUUAGGAGUUAGGUAUACAUGUAAUCUCUGUGACUAUUCAGCCACUAAACCAUGUACACUGAAAGAACACAUUGAUGGAAAGCAUCAUGGAACUAAACAGAUUUGUGAUCUUUGUGAUUAUGUCACAGAUGUAGCUUAUACACUUCACAAUCAUAAAUACUUGAAACAUGGACUAGGCAGGAUAAAGAUAGAUCUGGAAAAGCCCCUAAUUUCUAAAAAUAAAAGUGAAUUUUCUUGUGAACAAUGUGAUUUUGUGACACAUUUGAAAGGUAGUUUUACACAGCACAUAGCCAGACACUCGGCACAAUAUAUCUGCGAUCAAUGUCCGUCUGUUUACAAAACAAAAGGAGAACUCCAGCAUCAUAUCAGAAGUAAGCACGAGGGUUUAAGAUUUCCCUGUGAUUUGUGUCAACAUGAAGCGCUGGAUAAAGCUCAUUUGAGAGUUCAUAAGGAGGCAGUUCAUUUGGGGAAAAAGUAUCCCUGUGAUAUUUGUGGGUUUGCUGCAUCCUCCAAUGGGAAUUUAAAACAACACAAACAGAGUAAGCAUGAUACUACCAAGCACCUAUGUGAUAAAUGUGAAUAUGCUGCGACAACUCAUUAUGGUUUAAGAAAGCACAUAAAGCGCAAACACGAAAGUUUAACCAAUGGUUCUCCAAGUAGCUGAGUUGUUCUUACAAAUUAUAAACUACUGAGCUUAACACUUUGUGUUGCGAAGCUUUGAUCUCCAUUUUGUGCAUAUUAUGUAGAUUUAUUUAAUUCCUCUUCGAUAUCCCGAGGUCGUCAUACCAGGAAUAACUUUAAUAUAGAGAUCAAGCAUUUACCCUGAAGUAAACACACUGAUAUCGAUAUCAAGUGUUCAAGAUUAGCGAUAUUCCAUACAAAAGUUCCGACAUCUGAUUGAAAUUUAUUUUAAUGGAACACUUUUUUUCA